AUGGACGAGCUGCUGACUCCCGUGAGCACCACCUAUCUGAGAAGCAAAAGAGACGCGGAGCCACACCUCUCAGAAACGAGACCGUCCAAGCAACGAGAAGAGAGCCCGGCCCUCUCGAAGGUGGCGUCAGCCGACGACGCCCUCAAAGUCCUCAAGAGCCAGCCAGGCUACGACGCGCUGAUUGCAGCCCUGCGAUAUCUCACAGCCCAUGCCUUCCAGCUUCAGCUCCCAACCCCCCAGAGCGCAUCGAUUGUCCAUGUCCUGGUGACAGAUAUAGCCCCGAACUACUGGACCCUGCUGCGGCAAGGCUCGGCAGACCAUGGCUCUUGCCCGGCCUCAUCACAUCAUGUCGACCUCCUGCUCACCUGUCUGCGCAGCGUCUCGGGUCUCAACGCCAUCGUCGCACACAUCAAGGCCUUGAUACAGGAGUCCAGAUUGGGUAAUCACGAGGCGAAGAGACCCGAUAUCACGUUGAACCUCGACGUCUUUCUGGAUGUGCUCGCUACCCUGCUGGCUGGCGAUGCCGCGAUCCGCAAUCUCUGGACGUCUUCUGCAACCAAGCCGCCAAAUGCUGCCAUGAAGAAGCAACUUGUAGCGCUACUUACAAACGGUCGCAUUCUGUCCACUGCCGCGGAGGCGUCCGCCGUGGUGGGCACCGGAUCCCCCUGGGUUGCAGAUGGAGCCGAGUACAGCAAAUGGAUCGGCCGCAACCUCUCGUCUUGGGCGAAGACGCACUUCUCCGACGACGAAAACACCUUUUGUUUUGAUGUCUUCCAGCGCUCGAUGUCUCUUGGAUAUCCUGGAAGCUUGGCCAAGACCAUUAUCGACGAGCUUCUAUUAUCCAAAGAUGGGGGCCCUGGUGCAUUUACUCAAGUCUGUUUCUACCAGUCCCGGCUGUCGAAGAAGGUCAUGGACAUGUUGUUCGAAUACUUGGCGCAGCGAUUCCUCAACAAUCUGAAUCUCGACAACGUGGAGUCGCAUGCCACCGUGGCGGCUGUCGCUGGUAUAAUUGACGCCGUGACAGGGAACGACGAUGUGCGCAAAACUCAUCUCAUCACCUGGUGUACGGCAUCGUCGGGCGCAGGCCUUGGGGACGGAGUCGGCAUCCGUCGCGCCGCCGUCGCAGUCCUGGCCCAGGACAAGGAAGCCAUCUCGACCGUGCUAGAGAAGAGCUUGGCCCAGUUUGGAGAUCAGCUCUACAUCAAGCAUGCUGCAAUGCUCCAGCAGGAAGUCCACACCCAGGUGCUCCUGCUCAGCGCCGGAUACGUGGCCAGGCUUGCACCGAUCAAGUUGACCAUGCUGCUGAAAUGCGGCACGUAUAUGAAUGCAAUAUCCAACCGGAUUGCCGCUACCCAGACGAGGGCACGUUUCCUCGGAAUAGUAGUUGGAGAAGCUCUAUCUGCCUUGGUCGACAACAAGACCAAGAAACUCGACUUUCACAUGGAAGAAAUGGAGACAGACGAGGCCGAGUGGCUCAAGGGACUCGCCAAAGCCACCGAUCGCGUAGGCCCCUUUGGCUCUAUUGUCUCUGCGGCCGCCUCCAUCCCGCCGGCCCUGUCCCCCGCCCCAGCCGUGACGAAGCCAAAGCCAAAACCAAAGCCAAGGCCGAAGUCUGUAGCCAGUGUUCCGACGGCCAUCAUCGAGGAAGUCAAUUCCUCCGAUACAGACGAGGAACUCGUUCCCCACGCAAAGGGCUCAGACCCCGAAGACUCCGACGACGACGCCGCGCUUGUCCAACGCAACAAGCCCAAGGCUCCGGUAUACGUUCGCGACCUAAUUACGUAUCUCCGGGAUUCGGAGAGCUACGACAAGCAGAAGCUGGGGCUGCAGACGGCUCCCGUCUUGAUUCGCCGCAAGGCCAACUUUGGCACCGAAGUCAGCGCCCACGCCGAGGAACUAGCCAGCCUCCUCGUCGGGCUACAAGACAAGUUUGGCAUGGACGACUUUGUCGACAGACGGCAGCAGGGGAUGAUUGCACUCGUGGUAGCGCAGCCCAAGUCAAUGGCGCCUUGGUUCGCUCGCACCUUCUUUGAGGGCGACUUUUCCCUCGCCCAGCGGACAACAGUGCUCGUGACGCUAGGCCUCUCUGCUCGGGAACUUGCCGGCUACGAAACGUCUGAACACCAAUCGGCAGCUUCCUUCCCUUCCAAGAGACUCCCGGGAAAGAUGGAGCAGCUCUACCUCGAUUCUUCCCAACAGCCGGAGCCGUCAUCCUCGUCACGCCUCAAGGCCCUUCCGCCUACCGCUCUUGAGAUCGUCACGCAAUCUCUCACCUCUUCCUUCCUCGGACCCCUGGCUGCCGAGGCCGCCGAUGCCACCAGCGGGCCGGACGUCCUGAAGCUGCAGACCUUCACGGAGCGCUACAAGUCAAAACGGAAAGCAAAGCCUCGCGUCCGGGCCAUACCCAACACAACAGCCGCCCUCCUCGCCGCGUACUUCUUCUCCCCCCUCACCGCGCAUUUCCAGCUAGCGCUCCGCUCCUCCAGGCCCGCCGUCCUCAACCCGGGCCUACUCUCCCUUUACCUCCAGACCCUCGCCAUCGUCGUCAACGCGGCGGGUCCCUCAACCCUGGCCCUGCCGCAGCUCACGUCUGAGCUGUGGGACUUGUUGCUGCGGGUCCGGACUCACGCGCUGGGCGACCUGGGGGCCAUGAAGGGAUGGCUCGUGGCUAUGACGGUGCUCAUCGAGGUGAACGAGGGCGACAUGCGCCGGCUGUGCGAAGAGCAGGGCCGUGAGGUGGUGGAAACGAGGGAGUGGGUCGGCGGCAUCUUUGAGCGGACGAGGGGCGAGGAUGGUGGCGAGGAGAACGAGGUCAAGAUGCUGGCAGCCGGUGUACUGAUCAAGCUGGGCGAGGCGAUUGAAAUGUACCAGGCAUUGCUGAUGGGGGACUUGAUUGGGUUUUCCUAA